AUGUCCACGUCGUGCGCUACACUGGCCAACUCGUUCAUGGCGCCGGUCGCCGCACAGCCGUCGCUCGCCUCGUGCACGCUCGUCAAGAUCUACAAGACGAGCGGUCUCUUCAGCUCGUCGACCUUCAAGGCGACGGACUGCAAGAGCACCGCGUGCACCAUCAUCUACCAAGGCCUCGCCUCAUUCUUCGUGAGCUUCCCGGACUGCUCGUUCGUCGACUCGGACAGCAACGCCAAAAUCCCUUUGUAUCAGAUUGGCAACAUCUGCACAGGCACGUCGAUCAAGACCGCGGCGCCGUUCAGUGGCUCGUCCAGCGGAAACCCUUGGACACCAACGCCGACGUCAGGUCGCGGCUCGCUCUCGGGCAAGACGCCGUCUCCCGGGUCGGCAUCAACGUCGUCGAGCAGCAGCAGCAGUUCGACCACCAUCAUCAUUGUCGUCGUUGUCGUCGUCCUCGUUGUACUGGCGAUCAUCGGCUUCUGCUGCUGGCGCAACAAGCACAAAAAGCAGCAGGAAGAAGCGGCGACGAUGGCACUCGCGUCGCCCUACGGACACCCGCCGCACGACUACGAAGCAGCCAACACAACAACCGCGUACUCGGAGCCGACAUACCGCCCGGACCAGGCGUACACGUACCAGCCCGAGCUCAACUCGGUGCACGUGUACCAGGAGCCGGCGCCCGUCCACGUGUACGACCCAGACGCCGCCAAGCACACGAUGCUGUCGACAGGUACCGCGACGGCAACACGCACCGCCGGCAGCGCCACUGGCACCAAGACUGGCGCAAGCUCGACGUCCGUGCAGUCGGACGGCGCGGGCCUCGAUAUGUGCAACCUCGACAUGUACCGCGUGAACGUCAGCGAUAUCUCGAUGAUCAAAGCGCUGGCGCAAGGUGCGUUUGGCGAGGUCUGGCUCGGGACCCUGCAAGGCUCGAUGGUUGCGGUCAAGAAGCUUCUCAACCACAAGCGCGACAAGAACGAGCUCCAAAAGUUCAUUUUCGAAAUCGCGCUGGUGGCCAA